AUGGUCUGGUCCCAGAUCGAAGCGACGCCUCCGCAUGUCAGCUACCUAUUGCUGGCAACUUUUCUCAUCAGCUACGUGCUCUUCACAAACUUCCUGCGCAAUCGACGUAAAGCAUCCUCCCUCUGCCUCCCCAAGAAAUCUGCUCGACACUGACCAUACUCUUCCCCCCCACUAGUACACCUCUCCGAGCCUCCCAUCGCCCUCCUCGUCGGCAUCAUCCUGGGCCCCGAGGUCCUGGGAUGGAUCACCCCCAACUUCUGCGGCCAAGAUGGCUGCAGCAGCGCCUUGAGACUCGCCAGUCCCGACAAACUCACCGGCUGGGGCUGGGGCGACGAUAUCAUCCAGGAAGUCACCCGAGUCAUCGUCGGCAUCCAGGUCUUCGUCGUCUCCGUCGGAUUGCCCCGACACUACGCCAACCGGCACUGGCGUUCCGUCCUCAUGAUGCUGGGCCCCAUCAUGACCGUCGGCUGGCUCCUGUGUACCGCCUUCUGCAAGCUGCUCUUCGCCACCGAUUGGCCGACCUCGAUGGUCGUCGCCGCCUGUCUCACCCCCACCGAUCCCGUCCUCGCCGCUAGCAUCUUGGCCAACAGCCAGUUCAGCAAUCGCGUUCCCAAACGCCUCAAGGACAUGCUCUCUGCCGAAUCGGGCUGCAACGAUGGCAUCUCCUUUCCCUUUCUGUACAUCGGCUUGUUCAUCUUGACGCAGCCCACCACCGGCCUGGUCCUCAAGGACUGGUUUCUCAUCACCAUCCUCUGGCAGUGUGUCUUUGGCGUCGCAAUUGGCUUGCUCAUUGGAGAGUUCUUCAAUCGCGUCCUCCGCUUCAGCGAUAACAGGGGCUACAUCGACCGAUCCGGCUUCAUCGCCUUCUACCUGCUGCUCGCCCUCUUCUCCGUCGGCGUCGGCUCCACUCUCGGCUCCGACGACUUUCUCGUGGCUUUUGGCGCGGGAUAUGGCUUUGCUCGAGAUGGCUGGUUCGCCGAAAAGACCAGAGCUGCGCAUCUGCCACACAUAGUCGACCUGCUCCUCAGCAGCGCCAUGUUCGUCUACCUCGGAACCAUCCUGCCUUGGUAUGCUUUCUCGCCGCAGCACAUCACGCCCUUCAUCACUCCAGGCCGACUGCUCGGAUUCCUAGCUCUGGUCAUCCUCUUCCGGCGGAUCCCCAUCAUGAUGGCCAUGUACAGAUGGAUACCCGACAUCAAGACCUGGCGCGAGGCUCUCUUCUGCGGACACUUUGGUCCCAUGGGUCUCGGUGCCCUGUUCCUGGCUAUCGAGGCACGAGCCGUGCUCGAGAAUGGGACGAGCACUCCAGGUACGUCUCGCACGCCAAGGGUCUCCUACGAAAACUCGUGCUAACGUGCUGUAGAACCGCAUCCGCCCAAAUUCGGAAGACCUUACACGCCAAGAGAGCAAGCCAUCGAGGCCGUCUGGCCCAUCGUAUCUUUCAUCGUGUUCGGCAGCACUCUGAUCCACGGUUUCAGCGUCCUCGCCCUGAGCAUCUGGACGCAUUUCAUGCGAGACAAGGAAGACCGCGCAUCGCUGCUCGCUGCAGAGACGGACCCGCUGGCAGGCAUGGAGCAUGGCGGAGGCGAUGGGUCCAGCAUCAUCAGCGAGGAAGCCGAAGAUCAGCAAGACCUGACAUGA